AUUUGAAUCGCGCUUCCGCCAUCUUUCCAGCUUCAGUCGGACAGGCGCGGAGACUCUUCUGGAAGGAUCGCCGCGAUGGCCGCCCAGGGAGAGCCGCAGGUCCAGUUCAAGCUCGUCCUGGUGGGCGACGGCGGCACCGGGAAGACAACGUUCGUGAAGCGCCACUUGACGGGCGAGUUUGAGAAGAAGUAUGUAGCCACCCUGGGCGUCGAGGUGCACCCGCUCGUCUUCCAUACCAACAGAGGACCCAUCAAGUUCAACGUGUGGGACACAGCCGGCCAGGAGAAGUUCGGGGGCCUGCGCGAUGGCUACUACAUCCAAGCCCAGUGUGCCAUUAUAAUGUUUGACGUAACAUCAAGAGUUACAUACAAGAACGUACCUAACUGGCAUAGAGAUCUGGUACGCGUGUGUGAAAACAUCCCCAUUGUAUUGUGUGGCAACAAAGUGGAUAUUAAAGACAGGAAAGUGAAGGCAAAAUCUAUUGUCUUCCACCGAAAGAAGAAUCUUCAGUACUAUGACAUUUCUGCCAAAAGUAACUACAAUUUUGAAAAGCCUUUCCUCUGGCUUGCCAGAAAGCUCAUUGGAGAUCCUAACUUGGAGUUUGUUGCCAUGCCUGCUCUUGCCCCACCUGAGGUGGUCAUGGACCCAGCUUUGGCAGCACAGUACGAGCAUGAUUUAGAGGUUGCUCAGACGACUGCUCUCCCGGAUGAGGAUGAUGACCUGUGAGAGAGUGAAGCUGGAGCCCUGCGUCAGAAGUCUAGUUUUAUAGGCAACUGUCCUGUGAUGUCAGCGGUGCAGCGCGUGUGCCACCUUAUUUAGCUAAGCAGAUCGUGUACUUCAUUGGGAUGCUGAAGGAGAUGAAUGGGCUUCGGAGUGAAUGUGGCAGUUACACAUACCUUCAUUUUUUUGGACUUGCAUAUUUAGCUGUUUGGAACAGAGUUGUUUCCUUUCUGAAUUUCAAAGAUAAGACUGCUGCAGUCGCAUCACAGUAUCCAGUGGUGAAAUCUCGUUUGUUACUGUCAUUCCCAUUCUUUUCGUUUAGAAUCAGAAUAAAGUUGUAUUUCAAAUAAUCUAAACAAGUGAAUCAUCCCUUGUUUAUAAGCAUAUUAAAGCUACUAACAUGAA